AUGGCACCACCGCCGCCUCCGCCCCCUCCGCCGACCAAGUCGGCCCUAAAAUCGUCGAAUUUCUCUCAAAAUAUGACAAACAUUCCGAACCGACCACAAACCGCAUCUUUCAACGGGCCAUUUUUUAAAGUCGAAGAAGUUGGCCCAUACUCUAGUCUAGGGUACCAACAAUCAGAAAUCGACCGGUCGCAACGAUAUCAAGGCGACAUUAACCAGCCGGCCAAAUUUCCUCAAAACGAAAUCGACCGGUCGUCGAGGUUUGUCGGAAAUGGCCAAGAAACGGUUGUGGUAUGGCCACCUCAACAGGAUUCUGAAUCUCGACACAAUCGGGAUUCAGAAUUCUCAUCGAGGCCGAACAGCCGAUCGUUGCGGGACCCAGAUCGGUCUUCCGAAUUUCAUCGUCAAAAACAACUAGAAUCCCUGGCCAUUCAACAGAAAAGGGAAAAGGAACAACAAGCCUUGGCCAAACAAUUCCAAGCCUCUCAGCUACAACAACAACGGCUUCAGAAUCGCGGGUUUCAAACCAUUGGUGGCACGAUAGUUCGAGAAGAGCCAGCGGGUUCCAGAAGCAAUUCGAGGGCAAAUUUGCAUAAUGUAGAGCUACAAAGUGCUUCACCAGCUCUCGGAUCUGAUCCUGGGCCAAGUCCAAUGCUACGGGUGUACGAAACGCGGCCAAUAUCAUCUGCUUCAGAAGACUAUCGAAACCAAACGUGGCGUCGAACCUAUAUCGUGGAAGACCAAGAAAUUGCGGCCAGAAAUGAAAUCAUCAAAAGUGAAGAAGUGCUACAGCGUGAUCAAUACGAUGUUGAUCUCCUGAAUCGUCGAGAUACAUUCGUUGAGAAGCCGGAAUCCCCGAUUCAGAUUCAUCGUACGGGCAGAGUAUGGCAACCGCCUCCAGAAGAACCUUAUGUGUGGCCAACGGCUUCUAGUCGAAAUUCUGGAGCGUACGGUGCCAAUUCUGGUACGAUACCUAGAAAUCAUACAAGGAUAUCAAGUCAACAUCCAGAUGAAGAAUUUCAGUGGGUACCAACAGUCUCAGACCCGGGCUACAAACACGAGAACAAAAACUUCACUCCAACACCUUCACCUCCGCAUUCUCCAAUCAAAGGUCACGGAACACGGCCGUUGGACGAAGUGGCAGUAAAACAAAUCCGAAAACUAGUUACUCCACAGCCAGAUGGCAGUCAUCGACCUCAGUCCGUUUUCAAAUCAGCUAGGAGUACGCCAAGUGGAGGAUUUGUACCACAAGCACCAAAUUCCAUUAGAGCAGGCGAUUCACCACAACCAACGAAUGAACAGAGGGUGAUUCAGGAGAGCAGGAGGAAAUAUCGAGUGGUUAAUGGUGGUAACUCUGGCGGGGAAUGUAAGUUUUUACGUUUUUUUCAAAAGGUCAAGAUAAACCAUCAUUAUCAAUAUUCUAUCCGUUUAUUGCCUAAAAACACAACAAAAAGGCUAAAAAUACUUAGCUUUUAUUACUUGUACUUCUUCAGUUUUGAUUAUCCAUUUAGUUUCAAACCUAAAAAACGUAGAUCCAACAAAAUUAAAGUCCAAUUUAUGCCCAAAAACAGUAAGUAUAGAUUAGCUAAGAAAAAUACAAAUUUAUUAGAUAAAACAGUUGAACGAAGUAACGAAAAUUGUUUUAAAUUCUUGCAAAAACAUCCAGAAGUCUAAAACAAUUAUUUUUAAUCCGUAUAACUUCAUAUUAUUAGCAAUAUAACAUAAAAUAAGGUCAAAACUCUCGGGCAGAAAUAAUUUUCAAAACAAUAUUUUAUUAGAGAAAGACUUGGCCCAAAAAAGGGAAGGAGAGUUGACUCAUUUACUUCAUCAAUGAAUUUUACGCAAAAAUCAGUUUUGUGCCUGAUUUGGAUAGUAUUUUAGGUGUAAAACCAUAAUUAAUAGCUUUUUGGACAGUAUUUUCUGUAAAAAACGUUUAAGAUCACUUUUGACAUUGUUUUAGAUAACAAAAGCUUAAUAAAAUUGAUGUUUUAGAUCCGAAUGACUGGGAAAAGAUCUACGAACUACCUCCACAUGCAUCAACGCUCACGGAAAAAGUUCCACCUCGACGUGUUGAUGUUAGCAAACGUACUGAACUUUUCGAAAGGCGAGAACGACGAAGUCACAGUGCUCAUAGCUCGGUAAGUUUGGUAUUUAGGUUACAUAUUGCUAUUAAUUGGUGAUAUAUUGUAGUAGGUAUGAGGUUGUCUAUUUUUUUGAAAAAAGAUUGAAUUUUGUGGACUUUUUUGGUUUACUAGCUUAAAAAGUAAAACAAAACCUUGAAAUUGUUACUUAAAGCUAUGUUUUAAAGGUUCUAACUUUCAGAGGCAUCAAAGCACCCCACUGACCAUAAUAACGGAUUCAGAAGGCCGUAGAAGCGGUGGUACGUCGACGAGAAGGUCUCAGCCAACUCCGAAGAUUCGGCAUUCGACUAGGUCUGAAAGUUAUCGGGAUCCUUCACCUAAACCACCAUCUGCAAGGUCACAAAGAGCUGUUCAGAUCUUUAACGAGGCUACGCGACCUUCACCACCACCGCCAAGUUAUGAAAGGGCUAGAAGAUAUGUUGUACCUGCUCUACCUCCUGGCAGAAAGGUGAGGCUUUGAAUUUGGGUAGGGUAAGGUAAAGUAAGGUAGGGGAAAAUCGGGUAGGGCAUGGCAGGGUAAGGUAGUGGCAGAUAAGGUUGGGUAGGGUAAGGUAAAGUUGAACGGGGUAAUGUAGGGUAGGGUAGUUUAUGGUCGAAUAAGUUAGGGUAGGGUAAGAACUAGCAAAAUUACGCCGUUUUUUUCAAUUUUUUUGCUAAAAAUCUUCCAAAAUUUGAAUAUUUCACCUACUAUAAUAUAAUUUAGGAAAAGCCAAAAACCUCUCCGCCACGCCCUCCGCCAGGCAAUACUCGUCGUUUACUGAGCGCCGUACAAACGGCCGCUUCCGCACAUCAACAUAAUCGACCGUUAAGUGCGUCGCUGCAAGUAUCGCCGGGUGUUCAGAGCAUAUCACCAGCCAGCAGCAAGUACCUCUGAUAGGUCUGCCAUCCUUCUCACGGGUCCUACUUAAUUAUUCUUUCAUCUAGCUGUGUCUUUCUGUUUCUUAAAAUUAAAUUUCAUUUUUUAUUGCUUCAGGUAUCGUCGGAACCCAAAUCGGUAAGUUUUUGCACGUACUGGGUUGUUUUUGGUACUGAGUAUUGUUUAUAGUGCUGUUUUUGGGAUUGGCAUUACAUAUAGUUUAUUUUUAGUUUUUAUAUAGUAUUUUUAUAGUUUGGUCCUAAUUAUAGUACUAUUCUUUAAUUUGGUGCUAUAUAGCACGUUUUUUUCAAACUGGUGCUAUAUAGUACAGCUCUAGCUUUUUUUCAUUAAAUAUAGUGCUGCUUUUGUGAUUUGGUACUAUUUUUUUAAAUUUGGCAUUAUAUAGUACUAUUUUUAUAAUUUAGUGUUAUAUAGCACGUUUUUUCUCAAAUGGGUGCUAUAUAGUACCAUUAUGGCGUUUUGUCAUCAAAUAUAGUGCGUUAUGUGGGAUUUGAUGCUAUUUUUUGUAUUUGGUACUAUUUAGUACUACUCUUCGAAUUUGGUACUAAAUAGUACCAUUUUUUAAAUUUGAUACUAUAUAGCACAAUUUUUAUUAUUUUUAGUUUUUUUAUAGUACUAUUCAUAUUUUGACACCAUAUGUUCUCUUAACAAAUUUCCCACGUAGUACGCGUACUAUUUCAGCACGAUGACCUGGAGGAGUUGUCGCGCAAGACCCGCGAGCUGGCUGAACGUUCCAAGUCGCGCAAAAACGAGUUCAAGUUGGUCGGGUCGGAAAUCAUCAAAACCGAACACGAGUCGGUUCCGCCACCACCACAGGCCCUCAAGGUUAUUCUUUUUUUUUUGUUUUAUCAGUUAGUGGUGAUAAGGGGUGAUGAGGUGCGGGAAGAUGGGAAGUAAUGAGUUCAAGCUUGUGUGUUAUGUGUCUUACUGUAGAUUGUUGCAUGUUUGUUACUUUUAUGUGUUUACGGUAACAAUUGUUCCUUUUGUAUGUGGUUACUGUAACAAUUUUUAUGUGAUGUACCUAAAUUUAUGUAGAUUUUUAGUUGAGUAUGUGUUUUGAGGUACUGUAGGCUUUUCUGAUACAGUAGGGUAUGGUAGUACUAACUGGCAUACUAGAUUUUUAUACUAGUUUGAAGUUGUACUGUAAUUUACUGGGGUACCUUGAUAAGUUGAAGUAAUUUUAUUUACUAUGGUAAAAAAGGCUUACUGUAGUUGUCAUAGUAGUAGUAGUAGUACAUACAUUGUAUUCUUUACAGUAUUAUUAGUAUUAUGUAUACUGUAGAAGCCAUAGUACUAUCUUAGGGAACGAUAUACUGUAAUGUCAUGAUACUUUAAUAAAAUAAGGUAUACUGCACUCUUUACAGUACAAUUAGUACUAGAUAUACCGUAGAGGUCAUAGUACUAACCUAGUGAAAAGUAUGCUGUAAUUUUCUGGUACUGUCCUUAAGUUUAAAUGUAAUAAUUUUCAAGUACUAACAACAUUACAGACACCUCCAAAAGAACAAUAUUCACCAGCAUCAGUGGGUACUACGACAUCAGCAGCGCUACAUCAACUAGACCGGGGGAGUGAUUAUAUCAUGGUAAAUUAACGUAUUUUUUGUUGUUAGUGUUACUAUUGUAUUUUUAGUUAUAUGUGUGCUUCUAUUAGCUUGUGUUAAUCAAAAUCGAUGUUAAUAUAGGGGUACGGUAGUAUAACAUGUAGUACCGUACUCAACAUACUGUAACAUGUAAAUUUUCUGUUGUAACCAAAAUUUUAGGAUCAAUCAUCGGCCACAUGGCAGUACAACACUCAGUAUAACACGUCGUUCAGCCCACGAUCAGUAGUUUCCAUCAAUGGAAACCGUCGUAGCGACGAUGGCCUUCUGAAGAUACGAACAUCACAGUCCGUCAUGAAUAUUAGUCGUGCUGAGGUAAAAUAACUGAUCAUAUUACUAAUACGGCUUUUACUAACACUCGCUUUGCACAUUACUUCCUGUUUUCGCCCCGAGCAUCGUACUAUGUUGGUCAUGGCAUGUAUGUAUAGGCAACUUAGUACGUUAGAUGGUUGUAUGAUCAUAUGUGGGCGUAAUAUAGCUAUGGAGAGGUUAGAGUAGUACUAGUAUGAUACUAUACUCUCAGAAAAUGAUAUUAUAACAUUCUGGUACUAUGCCAAAAUUUUUAGAUUGUACUAAACAUUUUACGGUUAGUACUAAGGGUUACUGUAGAUAAGAUAUAUACUAGAUAGAACUUUAAAAGUACGAAAAGGUAACAAGGACGUCUUGUUAAGGUCGAAACCAAACCUUGGCCUCAUAUGCCGGCCGAUUUGGAGCCAGUACCAGACUCUCCCCAGUCGACCAUGGCUCGUCAUUACGAGGAACGUUACAGUAAGACCAACCACUACAACUCUAUGCCAGCACUCGACACGGCUUCAGCCGCACGUGGUACUAUGAUUCAAAUUCAGGUAACGGUACUAUGCUUCAAAUUCAUCUAAAGUACAGUACUUAAGGGUAGUGGAGGAGUUAUAUUAUAGUAGAGAAGUACUGGGAUGAGUGAGGGUUUAGGUACUAUAUAGUAAGAUUUUAGUACUUAAAGUAUGAAGUUAUGGUUUGGCAUAGUAUAAAGCCUUCUUUUGGUACAAUGCUGGUAAAUUAUAGUACAUGUUGAUUUAGUGGGGUACUGAUUACUUGUGUAGUACAAUAUAGUACUAUUUAGUGAGUAUAGUACUGGAAAUUUUAAAAUUUAUGUUUUUCGUACAAAAUAUGAUACCUAAAAUUUGUUUUACGAACUUGUAAUUGUAUCCCACAGCUUUCUCCCCCCCAUUGGAAAUCAAUUAGGCCGCUUAAUGAAACUCGUGAUGGUUUUAACAUUCUUCUUUACUUUCUCUCUUUUUACCACAUUUUGUUUGUUGUAACCUGCACCCAAUACCGGUUUUUGUUUUGUUUUAGAUUGUAAAUACAUCUACAAUAUAUAUUUUUUUUAAUUUUUUCGGUUUUCAGGACGAAAAACAACAUCAACGUACUGUAAUGGAACCGGCCGAAGAGUCCGAAUCUAGGUCACAGUUGGUGCGACAGACCCGGGAGGUGGUUUCUAGUGGAAAGGUAGGGGUUUUUGUUUGAAAUUUUUUAAAUUUUGUAUUUUUACCCCGCCCUGUACUUCUACUCCUAUCCGUACCUUGAUAUGGGGAACGGGCCGGACCUGUGCAAGAUUUGGGUCGGGCUCGGCUUGGCGAUUCUGAAAAAGCCUGGCCCGGCUCGAAAAGCCGAGCCGGGCCAUUUCCACGUAAAAAAAUUCGGGCCGGCCCGUUCCCCAUGUCUAUCUGUACUCUUACCUGAUUCUACUUUUUUUACCCCGCCCUUUUUUCUUUACCCUACCGUACCUUACCCUACUUUACCCUACCAUAUCCUACUCAACCCUCACCUCUAUCCCUACUCUUACCGUAUCAUUACCAAAGCCAUACUAUACCCUACCGCACCCCACCCUACCAUACCACCUACUAUAAUAUCUCAUUUCAGCCAAGAGUAACCGAAACCAUUCAACGUGUGGAGGAACGUAAAGUCACGGAAGAGACGGAACGCCGAGUUCUUCGCCGAGAACGCAAGCAUCGUAGCCACCGUUCCGCGCACCGUUCUCACCAUUCCUCAGCCCAACAGGAAGCCAUCGGCUGGCAGGAAGGCGGAGGUAAAAUGGCAGUUUUUAAUUAGAUACUUGGCUUGAUUAUUUACAGAACUAACUGGAAUUGAUACCUAUUGAUCAUAGCUGUAUAUAAAUUUUUUAAAAUCGGUCAAAAAGUUUGUAGAAUUUAUAAAAAAUAGCCUUUUUUGGCUGAGAAAGGAGCGAAAAAGGCCAAAAAAUGUUUAAAUUUUUGAGAAAAACGUUUGUUCUACGUACGUUUUGACCGAAUUUGACCAAAAUUUUUUAUUGUCAUACAAGCUUGAUCUAAUUGCUAACAUAUUAACACUACUUUUGGUUCCAUAAUGCUUAACUAACACCAAUAAUAACUAACAGAAACUAACUCCACCACCAGCCACGAUACCUCUCGGAGCCAAUAUCCGUCGUUUGAUUGUCGUAUCCGCGAGUAUAUGUCACUAACGAGUAUGUAAUACUAACAAGUUUAAAUUUCAAAUUUUUUGAAAAUUUUAAAAAUUAAAAAAAAAAUUUUUUUGAAAUUAAAAAAAAAUUUUAAUUUUUGAAUUUUAGCCCAUCGAAGCAGCUCCGCGUCUCGUGGCGGCUCCUACUAUGCCGCUGGUAGUGGGUACGACUACAACCCACGUUAUGGGCCUCCAGUACGUGACUACCCCACUUAUCAACGUGGCUACGAACCAACGUACUAUCAUAGCUCUUAUCAUGGCUACGAUCUGCCACCAACGUACCCUCGACGAACUGCUAGUGCUACUUUGUAUCAUUAA